AUGGGCACCGAUCCUGCCCUUCCGCAGGCGCAAUCAUGCGAUACCUCUGAAGCCCCCGCCGACGACAACUCGUUCAGAUUUACACCCAUCAAGGCCAUCCGCGCAAUACCUCGUUUGUGGGAGCGCAAACCAGCAACCCCAUUCAAGGCCGGCCUGAAGCGAAAACUCUGGAAGCGCUUCCAGGGCUCUUUCUCCAAUAUGCAGAGUCUCGAGUCGUCGACCGCCAAGGACCAUGACGCGUUGCAGACGGCUAUCAACACAUCCAAGGAUUCAUCUUACGUGCGUGGCGUGAAGCGUCUUUGUGUUGGUCCCGGGGAAUCUGCAGACAAAAUCGAUGUGGAACUUUCGCAACCUGGGCGUCCUUUCUUGGAGACAAAGUGGGAGUCGGAGGUCUCUCGCAAACGACGGAAAUUGCCCGACGCGCCCUUUGACGUUUAUGAUGAAAGGUUGGGAGGCACAUUGGAUUGUACAAAUGAUAAACGAUCGGACGCGAAAGAUAUUGAUUACGAUUUGGAUGCUGAUGGUGAUCUCGCCAUGGCGACCGCAUCACCUAUCCUCUUUAAAUCACUCCGAAGCCCGCCUAAGACAACUAUCUUCCAGGAUACCAUGCCUACGGAGGAACCGAACCUCACGGCCUCAAAAGUAGAGCCCACCGAACAAUUUGAGAUGGGAUCGACCAACCAACUACAGCGCGCAAUGCUUGAUGGAGCUGCACCGGAAGGAAAGGGCGACGUCGCAGCUACUCCUACGAAAACUGUUCGGAACCUGACUCAGGCACAAGAGGGUACACUUGUGCGAUCUGCACUCCGAAGCUCGCUUGAUGGGGAGGACGCGAUGCUUUUGAAUGAUUUCUUGUCCAAGGCUAUGGCUAAGCGUGCGGCCAAGGCGGCCCUUGUCAACUCUCAAGAGUCCGAUUCUCCAGAUCAAUCAUCAAGCCCAGAUGAAUCGCCAGACUCAGAGUGCGCGACACCGCGGUCACGGAGGGCUCUUGAGGACCGGGAUGCCAAUGCAAAUUCACCCUCUCCUGUCAAAGCCCAAAUCUCACCUUCCAAGGGAGACUUCAUCCCUGGCGACGAAUCGCACGAGGAAGCGGUUAGCAAGGAUACCCAAGAUGAAGAAGAGACAGCUCCCGAAAGCCCUGCAAACCGACGGAGCGCCCGCGUCAAAGCACCACCAGCUAACGCUCGCCCCGUGCGCAACACAAUCUCUCUGCGCCGGGCCAAGGGCAACGAGUUCGUUUUCAUGCAACGAACCGAGGCCCAGGAGCUGGCUUUAGCUACACGACGCAACACCAGGAACAACAGGGGCAGCUCCAUGAUGCCCAGAUAUGCCCUUCAGGCCAUGGCUCAGGAGGACUCCACCGCGACAGAUAGCGAUAUUCAGGGCCAGAGCCGGGCAGACCGCAAGACCUCCGGCAGUCGCAAAGCCACGUCCAAGUCACGCAAGAACGUUACCUGGAAUGAGGAGCGGAUGGUUGAGUACGAAGGCGAUAUUUCGGAUCCGCCUUCCUCUGAGACAGACGCAGACGCCAAUCUCGAAAGAGACGAGAGCAGCAAGGCCAACGCUGACGGAAGCUCUUCGCGUGCACGCUCCGCAGCCAAGCGCUCGGAGAAGAAAUCAUCCUCCAGUAUCCGCAGCUCCCGUAGCCAGGCUCCGGAGAACGCAGAGGCCGAGAGUGGCCCGACCGCACCAGCACCUGCUGCAACACCCGUAUCUAAGACCUCGAAAUCGCGACGCGUACGGCGGCUGGGAGACUCUGCGAUGACAUCGGGGACACCUGUGAAGACGGGCAGCGGACGUGUCAGCAAGCCGCCCACCACUUCGGCGACUUCUGUGGCUCCUGCGGCGGCCGCCGCUGCAGGACCAUCGACGCCUACCAAGCCACGUCGCAAGCUUGUUCCCAAGUCUCCAAGCUCAUCCCUGCUUUCGGUGCCAGCAGCCAAGGCCAGCAGCAGCACUGGGGGUGAGCAGCAUUUUGUCAGUGGUAUUCCAACAAGAAGUACCGCUGGCUCGGAGGGGACGAAGCGGAAGAGUAUGGUGGAAGCUAAUGCAGGGUGCACGCCGAUGCCUCGACGAGUGCGGGCGCGGUCAUAA